GCCUUGAUAAUCAUCCAAGCUUCGAUUUGCUUGUUGUAUGUUGUUUUCAACCCAGAUCUGCUCAAUAAGGCCAUUUAAAGCUUCACGCAUCUUCUUAGCUCUAGCUCGCGUGAUUGGUCCUCCUUGGGUGCAAGCGACACCUGCUGGGCCUGUGGAGGAGUUUGCCAAGUUGAUCGUGGCAGGGGCUUGUCGAGGAGAUGCAUAUGUCAAGUACCCGAGUUGGUAUGACAUAUUUCUGGUUUAUAAGGUGUUUGCACCCAAUGUCCUCACAUGGACAUUCCGCCUUCUUCUCACAACUGGAGUUACGAGAAGUACUUCCCUUAUGGGUAUAGGGAGGCAGACAAUCGAAAACGGCAGCAGCCGCAGCAGGUAUACCCCCGAGGUGCCCUCUCCAAGGAAGCUUGUUCUCUCCUCUCCUGGAAGCUCGCAGGUCAGUCCCCUGCUGCAGUACAAAAUUGAAUAAUUGCCUAGGGCCUCCACUAGGUAAUCCUGUUUUCUACUGUGUUAUGUUUUUGUGUGUCACUUUGAAUUUUUCCAACGUUUUUAAUGUUGAGCCUAAUAAGCAAAAUCUUGGCUUUCUCUUCCUGCUCAUGACAUCUAAGACUGGCAAUUUAGUUGUAUUUUCUUCGCUCAAUAACAAGUUGCAUGUGUUUAGAUUUUGAGGUUGGACUUUUGAUAAAGAAUUUGUGCUACC